AUUUUUAUAAAGGACCGUGUCAUAAACUGACGUGACCCACGUGGGCGGGCCCACCGACGACGACGAGAACCGGCCCCAUGCUCAGCACGCCCGGCUCGCUCGUCCUGCGGCGGCUUGAGCCGCGUGACAUCCCGCAGCUCCAGGCGCUCCAUGAAGACUGGUUCCCGAUCCGCUACAACGACUCGUUCUACCAGAACGCCGGCGACGGCCUCUGGGAGACGGGCGAGCCGCUCUUCACUCAGGUGGCCGCUGAGCACGACGAGGUGCUCGUGGGCGCGGUCACGGCGCAGAUCCAGCGCGUCGAAGAGGCCGAGGACAAGGCGCUAUUGCAGUCGGGCGAGGGCAACCUUAUGUACAUCCUCACGCUCGGCGCCCGCCAAGACUACCGAAGGCGGGGCAUUGCGUCCGUGCUGCUCGAGACGUGCAUUCGCGAGGCGGCUUCAUCGCCGCAGUGCGGCGCGCUCUACUUGCACGUCAAGGCCGACAACUAUAGCGCGAUUCGCUUCUACGAGAAGAAUGGGUUUCAGCGCCUGCGCUUCCUUCAAGACUACUACAUGAUCCAUGGGCACAACCACAAUGCGUACUUGUACAUUCGAUACAUCAACGGAGGCAGCGCGCCGUCCAAGUGGAUAGACGUCCUCACGAGACCCCUAACGGCGAUCGUGUCGUUCUUCAGCCGUCUCUUCCAUACCCCUGGCCACGAUGAAAAGGCGUGCUCGAUCGUCUAGCUAUAGGCUCUCCCCAGAUCUCUCAACCCCAAACUAAAUGUACCAUGCACCUGCCUCGUUGAUCCCGCACAAGCUCACCCGCGCACCCAGAGCCAGAGUCAACUGCACCGUCUCCUGGCCCGCC